GCUUUGUUCUAAUUGUCUUCGCUUUCUUCCACACAAUAAAACACUAUAAUAGUUGUAUGUAUUUUUUAUAGUCGGGUUUGUCUAAUUGAGGAUUGUCCACAUUAACCCGGCGUAUGCAUUAUUUAACCCUCUUCAAUAGCACGCCUCGUAGAACUAAGCCAAACUUUAUAGAAUUUGACUUCUGAAAGAAAACUCCUUAGAAAUUAAAUAUACACAUCAUUAGCCUAUGUGUUACCUAAUCAAAAAAAUAUUAAAUAUUCUAUGACAUUAAUCUCCACCAUUCGUUUCUACCACUAUGACGACAAUUCCACAUAGGAUGCCCCCUACGCUUCCUUUGUCUUCUCCACUAUAACGUCGACUCAUCAUUAUUUUACGGCACUAAAGAAUAAAUUACAUGAUUAAUUAAUUUCACUAAGCCAAAGACACUGUCACAAUAUAAACAAAGCCAUUGCAACAAUUAAAUGUAGUUACAUACAAAGAAAAUAAUUAAUUAUUGGUUUUGUAACGUUGAUGGAAAGUCAUCGGAAUUUGCCCACAAAUGCCAUCAGUUUUUGCUUACUCCCCUCGGAGCUCAUCCAAUAUAUAAUUCUUCAGCUUGCCUUGCCUGAGAUUAUCCGACUGAAAUCUGUCAAUAAGUCCAUUUCCUCUAUUAUUUCUGAUCGGGAUUUCGUUCGCGACUACAAUCUUCAAUCGAGCUCCGCCACGUGGCUCUUCCUCUACAAGAAACGGUGGCGCCGUGAAGCUGUGCUCUAUGGCUUCGCCGAUUCUUCCAACCGGUGGUUUAAUAUAUUGAUCGCCGAUUUGUUGAAACAAGUGGUUCCGCCAGGUGAAGAUGUCUACUUUUUGACUGCUUCUGGUAAUAUAUUCCUCUUUGCUUUGAAUAACAGGCAGGAAGUUAUGUCAGUUGACAUUAUGACUAGGAUGGUGAAAAAGAUCCCUCCAAGUCCGUUAGGUCCACGUGGCACGUCCUCAUGGCGAAGAUCCGGUAUGAAAUUACUGUCUUGCCCUUCUAGUUCCAAGCAUUUCCGAUUUUUGUUUGCUGAGUUACAUGAAAGUCAUCCAACUUUAUUCGAGUAUGAUUCAAGAGUUGAGAAAUGGCAAUUUAUGCAAGCAAGAGAGGUUACCCAAGACUUACAAGGUGAUUUUAUUUUCCUAAGUGCAUCUAAUGGACGUAACGGAAGUGUCAUCAUAGCCGUGCGACCUCAAUGCAACAGCACUCCAGUGGUCAUCCGACCAACAUUCAUCACCCGAGGGAAUGAGGAAGAUCAAUUAGCUGUUGGAUUUAGUUGGGGAAAUGCGAUCGAUCUAUUACACGUGUACGGUGAUGGAAAUAUGAUUACUAUUAGAUCAGGCAAAGUUGAUGAUGUGAAUAAAACAGUUAGAAAGAUAAAGGGAAUAGAGUUAUGGGGGUUGAGCACAAAUGGGAGGUAUUGGGAACUUGUAUCAAGGGCACCAAAUGAUCUAAUUUAUAAAAUAUGCAAGCCAUAUGGUGCUAUGUUGGGGUGUAUGCAAAAAGGGGAAGGGAUGACAAGGGCAAUUUUGAUGACCAAUCUACAGGGUACAUGGGACACAAUUUGGUUAAGCUAUGACAAAAACGACGACCAGUGGGCGUGGCUCCCGUUACCUGAUUGCAAAAUGAAGGGCUCAAACUUGGCUGGAGUCACAUUCUCCUCUGGUUUAACCUUGUCCUAGGAUUGUCACAUUUUAAUUAGAUUUAUAAUGUUUGGUUCAA